GGUCCUGAGGAUGGAGCGAGGCGGCCCUCUCCAUGAGCUUCACCUUGCAGAACUACAAUUCCCAGCGUCCCGCGGGAAGGAGUGGGUCGAGGAGGGGGUGGCGCGCAUGUCUACUGCGUCUCUCCAGCAUGGCUACGGUGCUGUCCCGGGCGCUGAAGCUGCCGGGAAAGAAAAGCCCAGACCUUGGGGAAUAUGAUCCCCUCACUCAGGCUGACAGUGAUGAAAGUGAAGAUGACCUGGUACUCAACAUCCAGAAGAACGGGGGGGUCAAGAAUGGGAAGAGCCCCCCGGAGGAGGUGCAAGACCCUGACUCUGAUUUGGAGGUUGGGAUGACAAAGCAGCAUACGACAGAGAGUGCACCCGAGGGUUAUCCUGCAGAGACAGCUGGAAGUUUGGAGCAAAAGGCUCCUUCUUCCCUUAUGCCUUACCUGCGCACAGCUAUCUUUUUGCUCACUGUGGUGAUCUCGAUGAUUCUUGUGCUGGUGUGCGCGUUUCUAAUUCCCUGUCCCCCUAGAGACUUGCAUAACACCUGGAACCGCAACCUAGGUCAGGGAGCAGGUGGUGUGUUAUCCCCACUGGAGCUGUGUGAUGUGAAUGGUGAUGGGCUCCCUGAUAUUCUCAUUGUCUUCACUGCCCUGAUGAACGCUAGUGUCAUGGGUGUCUCCAGGCCCUCUGUAACAGUGGUGGCCCUUUCUGGUAUGAAUGGUAGCACCUUGUGGUCCAUCCAGCUUCCAGAGGAGACUCGAAGUGUGCACUGCAAAGGGCUGUCACUGGGGGCACCUACAGAUCCUGUCUGCCUUGUUACAGGAACAUCAAAAUUCCUCAGCCUUUUCAGUGCCUCCACAGGCAAGACCAUCUGGACACUGAACCCCAUCCACCUUUCAAGUGGGAUCCUGGCUGCACCAGCUGCAACUCUUCCAGAUGUAGAUGGAGAUGGGAUUAGGGACAUUGUUAUUCUUGCUCUCAAAGAGACACAGCCUGAUGUGUUUUUCAUCUUGGUGUCAGGAAAGACUGGGGCUGCUUUGGGUGGGCCUGUGAAGUACAGCACCAAUGGAGAAGGGAAGGUGAUUGGCCCCCAAGUCCACAUCACCAGUCGGGGAGCCAUCUACAUCCUGUUUGGUUUUGGUAAUGUUCAAGCAGUUGCCCUGAGGGAUAUCUUUACCCAAGCCAGAAACCGGGACAGCUUCCCUGCAAUGCUGCAGCAAGAAGAGCCAGAGUGGGAAAAGCGCAGAUCUGUCAACCUGUCAGAACUCAUUGACAUUUACAGUGGUGGGGUUGACUUCCUGCAGAUGAUAAAGACACCCGACAUAAACUGCAGCAACCUGCUCAUCACAACCAAAGAGGGCUUGAUCCUACUUCGGGGACAGGACCUAGAGCCCCACUGGACCCUGGAACUGCAGAACAUCAGCAGCCAGCCUGUACCAGGUUACUUCACUGCUGACCAAACUCUGGACUUCAUGCUGCAAGCACAGACCGGAGAUGGGAACAAAAAGGUGGUGGUGAUAGAUGGCAAAUCAGGUCUUCCUAUUUGGAACCAGCAACUCCCAUGGCAGAAGCAACAACUUGAUGCACUGACAGUCAUGACUUUGGACAAGAAGUCUGUUUUUCUCUUCUGGGCAGAUGAAGCACAGCCUGUGUUACAAAGUUCGCAACCUGGUCCCAGACCUGAGCGCCCAGGGCUACACCACCUGUAUCUCCUCCAUCCUGUUUUUCCUACAGUCCUUUUGGACCUCACUAAUGCAACAGACAAAGUCAUCACUUCAGCAGUUGGAAUUAAUGAUCUCCAGAAGGAUGCAUUUUACAUCACUGUGACAACAACUGCAACCUCUGAAAAGCAGCCAGGAUUUCUCUCAGUCAGCAAGCUGGGCCUUAAGUGGGCCAUGAUGAGUCAAGGUCGAAUGGUCUGGCUGAAGGACAACACCACUCCUAAAAUCAGCCGUGGAGAAGUGAGGCGAUUUCUUGCCCGUGUGAAAUUUGUUGACUUUCCUCAGAAGCUCUAGCCUGGUGGUUCCUCAGAUUUUGGUUGGACCUGUGGCCUGUAUACAGGAAGCUGCUCUGUGAAUCUUCAGGAAAACUGCUGUGUGGAGGGAAUAGGGACUAAAAACACUUCCCUUUUCUUCACCUCUCUUGGGAAUGCUGCUGGAGGCAGAUUUGUCCUUGGCAGAUCUGUCCUGUAUGAGAGGAAUCUUGUUCAGCUUCUCCUCCUCCAUAUGCUGUUCUUGUAUGCUUCCUUCCAGGUAACACAGAUGGUAGAAUUUAGAAUUUAUAUAUAUAUAUAUGUAUCAAUUGAUACCAUAUAUAUAUGUUUUCUAUGUUUAAUUUAUGAAUGAGAUUUACAACACUCCUUUUUGUGUACAAACAGUAUUCCCAGGCAGCCAAACAAGCUCUAGGCCUAGAGUGGGCCAUGAUGACUCAAGACAAAUUGUGUGGCUAAAGGAUACCACUUGCUUUCAUCUUUGUAGUCUGGGGGAGAAGCCUCUGCCUGGCUCUUGCAGGCUUAGUCUUGUCUACACUAUUCCUGCACUCUUAGCCAUCUUCUCCUUUCUGUCUCCAAACUCACAAACUAGUUCUUUGCCUGAAUUACCUGAUCCAGAGAAAGAUGGUCCCCACAGCAUUUGCCACCCCUUGCACUUGUAUUUCUUUUCCCCUGAUCCCAGAUUCAGGACAAGUUUAUGUGGGUGUCAUAUACAUAAGUGAAAUGUUCACAUCUUACUUCUAUCCAUCCCUAAUCUUCCCCAAAUGUAACAUCACACUUCAGUCCAAUGGGCUGUCUUCCUUUUGAAAUGCAUCACAGACCUUUCUGGCUAGAUUCCCUGCAGAUGCCCAACAGCACUGUAAAGAUCACUCUAGAUCCUGUUGCAGUGAAGCUGAUUCUCACACCACUGCUUCAGGGUUCUGAGGCAGAACUGGAAAGCUUUUCUGUGCAUUUUGCCUCUGCCCUGGGCUCAACUUUACCAUUCCCUUGCCAGUCCAGCCCUUUGUGCAGUUCCAGAAGGAACAGACAACCCUUAGGGCAUAUUUGCUCACAGUACAUUUAGUGCUUUCAACUCUGCCUCUGAAUGUGCCAUCAGUGUCCUGUGUUGUAGUUUCAGAGCAUCUAUAUGAAUUUGCUUGUCACCGAAGUUACCAUAUAAAAAGCUAACACUUCCUUGCCCCAGCAGUUUCCCGCAGUGCAGGGCAACAGCAUAGGAACUAUUUUCCAAGCAUAGGAACUGUUUUCCCAGCAUUUUUCAAAGUGUGGCCUUUGACAUUAAGCAAAGCCAGGCUGUAAUGAGGAUUGCAAAGGACUCUUCUGUCCUCCUGCUGACACAUGUCCUUUCAGCCUGCCCACACUUCCCUGUGAGUGAUGAGGUGAUGGCAGGACUUUGACCCUCCCUCCAGAUGGGAACAUCUACUAUGGGUUUGUUUUCAUGGGCUCUUGGCACCUCUCCUUGCUCUUAUCAUCCUCUCUUUUUUCUGUCCCUGCAUCUCCAUAUUAAGCUUCCAGAAUAGCCCUUCAGGAUUAGCUGCAAGCCUCAAGGCUGGUCCUUAGGCCCUGCUCUCUUACUGUCAGAGCCUGUGAACAGUUUGUAUAUGUGUAAUGGUAUUUUAGUGUAAAUAGCUUUGUAUAUAUUAGCACAACUGUAGCAAGGGCUCUAGGCCUGGUGUUUUUCUCCAGACAGGGAUUAGUGUUUAUAAUACAUAGUUAAUACAGCUGCAUAAUAGGAAGUGAAAAUGUGAGGACCAGGAACAUAUGAGGUUUAAACAGGAGUGCUCCUUCCCUCCUGUCUAGCCACCACCUUGCUGGGAAAGGUGAAGUGGCUCUUCCCUGAAGUAGUUAUUCUCCUGAAGUUCUUUCUGGGAGAACUGACAUUCUGGUGCAGUGACAUUAGCUCCCCCAAUAAUGUGAAUUCACUAUGCCUGCACAUACCCACGUCCCCACUGUGAAUAAAGAGUCUGUCUGUAUAUUGUUGGGAAAAUGUAUUUGAACUGUGAACUGCAGUGGAGCAAAUAAAUACUGUGUACAGCA